GCCCCGCAACCAAAUAUUUCUGGUUUUGCAGACCCAUGCCCUACGCUUUCGAUAGUGCUCUCUCUCCAUAUAUAUAGGUUUCCAGAAAAAAUAUUUAUGCGAGAAAGGAGAUUCUCGGCAUCCAAGCGCUUCUCAGACCAGGAGAUACACUUUUGUUCUACGAAUUGGAGUAGAUCUGGAGAACGAGCAAGGAGUUUUCCACGUUGCUCGAGUGAGUUCUCCGGAUUCGGUGAUGGUGCCGUCGCCGGAGCAUCGCCGGAACUCGUCCUUCGCCUCUUCAUCUUCUUCUUCCGUGGAGGUUCCAGUGAAAAGUGAGCAAGAAAUAUGUAUCGAUGCUAAACAGAUGGAUAGUAGCAGAGAUUCCCUGGAAGCCGCUAGUGGCGAUGAUUCUCGCGCUGGAGUUGAUCGCAGUGCAAUGAACAACGGUGGCGCCGAGUCGUCCGGCACUAUUCGUAGAAGUUACUCAGAGGUUGGAACAUCGCCUGUGGGUAUUUCAAACAUUGAAAAAUUGGAUUCAAGUCAGCGUAAACUGGAAAUUCCAAAAAAUGAAGCGCAAAGGCAUCGGAACAUACUUGCUGAAGAGGCAGCUCAGAUUUUUGACAAUAAUCUACCUGCCCAACAGAAGCUUAACUUGUUGAACAGAAUAGCUACUGUGAAAGAUGAUGGGACUGUGGAGUUUGAGGUCCCUGGAGAUGUUGAACCCCAUGCUCUUGGUGGUGGACAGAGAGACGUAUAUACUGAAGUUGCUGAAGAAGAGUCACUUGAAACGGAACUUCAGUAUAUUCCUCCGUUGCAAAUAGUGAUGCUUAUAGUUGGCACACGUGGAGAUGUGCAGCCAUUUAUUGCGAUUGGAAAACGUCUCCAGGACUAUGGUCAUCGUGUAAGGCUGGCAACUCAUUCAAAUUUCAAAGACUUUGUGCUGACUGCCGGACUUGAGUUCUAUCCAUUAGGCGGAGAUCCUAAAGUUCUUGCUGGUUAUAUGGUUAAAAAUAAAGGCUUCUUGCCAUCAGGGCCUUCUGAGAUUCCUAUUCAAAGAAACCAAAUAAAGGAAAUCAUCUACUCUUUGCUUCCAGCUUGCAAAGAUCCUGACCCUGAUUCUGCUAUCCCUUUUAAGGCAGAUGCAAUCAUUGCAAACCCUCCAGCAUAUGGACAUACCCAUGUGGCAGAGGCAUUGAAAGUACCAAUUCAUAUAUUUUUCACGAUGCCAUGGACGCCAACAAGUGAGUUUCCACACCCUUUGUCCCGUGUGAAGCAACCUGCUGGAUAUCGACUUUCUUAUCAAAUUGUUGAUUCAAUGAUUUGGCUCGGGAUACGGGACAUGAUAAAUGAUCUUAGAAAGAAAAAGCUGAAGCUGCGACCAGUCACAUAUUUGAGUGGUUCCCAAGGCUCUGAUUCUGAUGUGCCACAUGGAUAUAUAUGGAGUCCUCACCUUGUUCCUAAGCCUAAAGAUUGGGGACCUAAGAUUGACGUGGUAGGCUUUUGCUUUCUUGAUCUUGCAACAAAUUAUGAACCUCCUGAAUCACUCGUAAAGUGGCUUGAAGCUGGUCCAAAGCCUAUUUAUAUUGGAUUUGGUAGCCUUCCUGUUCAAGAACCAGAAAAAAUGACCCAAAUAAUUGUCGAUGCAUUGGAACAAACGGGGCAGAGGGGUAUCAUUAAUAAAGGCUGGGGUGGCCUUGGUAGCUUGGCAGAACCCAAGGACUCUGUUUACUUAUUGGACAACGUCCCUCAUGAUUGGCUGUUCUUGCAAUGCAUGGCUGUGGUUCACCAUGGUGGUGCUGGAACAACAGCUGCCGGUCUUAAAGCUGCGUGCCCAACGACCAUUGUGCCAUUUUUUGGUGAUCAACCUUUCUGGGGAGAUCGAGUGCAUGCUAGAGGAGUGGGACCUGCACCAAUUCCGAUUGAUGAAUUCUCACUUCCCAAGCUGAUUGAUGCAAUAAAAUUCAUGCUAGACCCAAAGGUUAAAGAGAAAGCUGUUGAACUUGCCAAGGCAAUGGAGAAUGAGGAUGGGGUGAGUGGAGCGGUAAAAGCAUUUUUUAAGCAUCUUCCUCGCAAGAAGCCAGAACUGGAGCCAUCACCGGAGCCACCAUCUAGUCUGUUCUCCAUUAGUCGGUGUUUUGGUUGUUCGUGAAUCUGGUAUGCCUGUUUGUUUCUUCUUUUUAAGUUGUUUUAAGUUAAAUGUGUUCUGCAGCACUUGUUGCUGUCUUAUUACCGAGUCUAUCUAAACAUCAUGAAUUCUCAUCCCUACUUCCAGAAAUCUACUUAAAUAACAGUCAAAGCCACAUUUUAGCGUACAACAUAAAUUUGCAUUCAUCUCAAAGGUUAAAAAAAAUAAAGAAAAAGAAAAAAAGAAAAAGCCCUUUAUUUUUACUUUUUUUUUUUGAGCUAAUUAUAUUUGCUAAAUUAUUCGAGUUACCAUCAUUGGUGCGAAAUCUAGAAGUGUAGUGUCAUAAAAUUACUGUGUCAAACAUUCUGUUUUAGAGUCCCCUUCAACGGAUUAGAUGUGUGUAAACUGUGAAUAACACAUAUAGAUGAAUUUGGCGGUGAAUUAUUAUUUUUAAUUGUGUUAUUGGAUAAUUGCAGGAUGGUAAGCUUGUGGUAAAAACGAGUUUCUGUUUAGUCCUCGAAAAUAAUAUCUUAAAGCUUUUGUAUGUUCUUCGAUAAGGUCUGUUUUACAGAAUAUUAGGAUUAUCAAUUUCUAAUCCCAUAGCUUCGUUAUAAUAAUGUAAAGCCCAUGUGUUUUUUGCCCCUUGUUCCCGAGGGGAAUUGUCUGAUUAAGAAAUCGGCCUUCCUCUCUUCGAAGGGGUGUGCAUAAUUUAGUCAAAAAUUGAAUUAAUUUUGGUUAACUAAUCCUACUUUUGGUCAGCUUUCGGUAUGAGUUCUAAAUUUUCUUUUAUCAAUUAUUUAGAUAUGAAAAAGAAAUUUAUCAGAUGUAAAUAACAGUAUGCUUAUAAUCUUUAUAUUUUUGAAGUUUCUUUUUGUUCUAGAA